CUGGGCUCGGCUCCGGCUCCGGCUGCAGCUCUUGUGGGGGUGGGCGGCGGGGAUGACAGCAGCGGGGGUGGCUGCGGCUGCCGCGCAGGGCUGAGCGAGCCGCGAGCGAGCCGGGGGAAGAGGAGGAAGUGGAGCCGCGGCCCCGAGCUCCGGAGUCAGCCGACGCGCCGAGGUCCGCCCCAUUUUGCAGAGCGAGCCGAGUCCGGACCUGGGAAGACUUCUCCGCCGGGCUUCGGCCGCCGCGGCUCUGCGCGUCCUCGCCUGCGCCCUGCCCCGCCUGCCCCCGCCCGGGGUUCUGUGCCGGGACGCUCCCAGCCCCGCGAUCCGGGGCGUCGCGGCUGGGACGCCCUGAGCUCCCGACCCGAUCCAGUGCCCUGGGGCGGGAAGCUCCUGGCCCACCGUACUGGUCUAUGGUUGCGGGCUUGUACCCUGCCCUUCUGUAGUGUGUGUUGGAGCCCCCGGACCCGGGUUAAGGCGGGUGCCCACAGCCUCCCGACCGAGUGCAACGGAGCCCAGAAGCCCCCAGACUCUGGCUCCCGAGACCCAAACCUUCAGCUGCCUUCCGCCCGGUGCUUCGGACUUGGGACCGUGCGAACGCCCAGGAAACCCCGGCCCGGGUCCAAGCACCCCGUGAGGGGUCCCAAGCCUGCUGGGCAGUUGGACUGAGCCGGACCGAGCUGGUGCUGCGAGCCGAAGCUGUCACCUUUCUGCCGCCCCAGGCGAGGGCUCAGCGUUUGCCCCGAAGAAGGGAUCACAGGCCACCCCACCACCACCACCCCUGCCCGGCGGCCGGCGAGAGCCGAGAGCCGAGAGCUGCAGCUGUCCCAAGGAAGUGACAACACCACCUCCGUGGACAGGACAUCCUCAAGAGCCCUGCUCACAGCCGCUGCUACCUUCUUCCAGGACCGGCCAAGGGCCUCAUGGGUGCCUGAGGGCUGGGCGCCAGGGCCGCACGCAAGAGCAUGGUGAGACACCAGCCCCUGCAGUACUAUGAGCCACAGCUGUGCCUCUCCUGCCUCACGGGCAUCUACGGCUGCCGCUGGAAGCGCUACCAGAGAUCCCACGAUGACACCACACCGUGGGAACGCCUCUGGUUCCUGCUCCUCACCUUCACCUUUGGCCUCACACUCACCUGGCUCUACUUCUGGUGGGAAGUCCACAAUGACUACGAUGAAUUCAACUGGUACCUCUACAACCGCAUGGGCUACUGGAGUGACUGGUCUGUGCCCAUCCUCAUGACCACAGCUGCUGCCUUCACCUACAUCGCGGGCCUCCUGGUCCUGGCACUAUGUCACAUCGCCGUGGGGCAGCAGAUGAACCUACAUUGGCUGCACAAGAUGGGGCUGGUGGUCAUCCUGGUGUCCACGGUGGUGGCCAUGUCGGCCGUGGCCCAGCUGUGGGAGGACGAGUGGGAGGUGCUGCUGAUCUCCCUGCAGGGCACAGCGCCAUUCCUGCAUGUGGGGGCCCUGGCUGCCAUCACCGCGCUCUCCUGGAUUGUGGCAGGACAGUUCGCCCGUGCAGAGCGGUCCUCCUCCCAGGUGGCCAUUCUCUGUAUCUUCUUUGCCAUGGUAUUUGCCUUCUACCUGGCCCCUCUCACCAUCUCAUCUCCCUGCAUCAUGGAGAAAAAGGACCUGGGCCCCAAGCCUGCCCUCAUUGGCCACCGUGGGGCUCCUAUGCUGGCCCCAGAGCACACACUGAUGUCCUUCCGGAAGGCCCUGGAGCAGAAGCUGUAUGGGCUACAGGCUGAUGUCACCAUCAGCCUGGAUGGCGUGCCCUUCCUCAUGCAUGACACCACCCUGCGGCGCACCACCAACGUGGAGGAGGAGUUUCCGGAGCUCGCCCGCAGGCCCGCCUCCAUGCUGAACUGGACCAUCCUGCAGAGGCUCAAUGCCGGCCAGUGGUUUCUGAAGACGGAUCCCUUCUGGACGGCCAGCUCUCUGUCACCCUCCGACCACAGGGAGGCCCAGAACCAGUCCAUCUGCAGCUUAGCAGAGCUCCUGGAGCUGGCCAAGGGCAAUGCCACGCUGCUGCUCAACCUGCGUGACCCACCACGGGAGCACCCCUACCGUGGCAGCUUCCUCAAUGUCACGCUGGAGGCCUUGCUGCGCUCUGGGUUCCCCCAGCACCAGGUCAUGUGGCUGCCUAACAGGCAGAGGCCCUUCGUGCGGAAGGUGGCUCCUGGCUUCCAGCAGACAUCAGGUUCCAAGGAGGCGGCCGCCAGCCUGCGGAGAGGCCACAUCCAGAGGCUGAACCUGCGCUACACUCAGGUGUCCCGCCAGGAGCUCAGGGACUAUGCGUCCUGGAACUUGAGUGUGAACCUCUACACGGUCAAUGCACCGUGGCUCUUCUCUUUGCUGUGGUGUGCAGGAGUCCCAUCUGUCACCUCCGACAACUCCCAUACCCUGUCCCAGGUGCCUUCCCCUCUCUGGAUCAUGAGAUCAGCGAUGGCAUGGAGGUUUCCGAUGAGCUCUCUGUAUGUUCAGACAACAGCUAUGACACGUAUGCCAACAGCGCUCCCACCCCUAAGGACAACCGAGGGAGUGGCAGCCGCACCAAGACUCUCACAGACCGGAGUGGGCGUUAGCCGAAGACCUGUUUGUCCCAGCCUGUACCUGUACGUGGAGACCAGGGGGCCCAAGAGAGCGGGCAGAAGCAUGUCUGGACCUGGAGUGCUCUGGGAGCUGGCUCCACGGCCUCCUUGUUGGCUCCGGCCCCCGUCAGCCAUGGCCCCCCUUGAAGGGGAUUCCCCUCUCUCCUGAGGCCCAGCCAGGUCAGAACUCCAGUCUCGCAGAGGCCCCUGCUGGCCUGGGGCCCCUUCUGGGAAGUCUGGGGCCCAGGGCCUGGUCCUCCCCCGGAGGCCUUCCCUUGCAUCCUGAUCUGGAAGCUCUGAUGGCUCGCUGCUGGGCCGUGUGGCAGUUGAGGAUGUGGAUGUCCACGUGUGUCCAUCCUUCCUUCUAUGCUGAGGUAGCCGACUUCUUCGGUGUCUCCUGCCUUGAGGGCCUGGGCUGGGCCUCUGCCCCCAGCAGCUGUUCUUCACAUCAGUCUCAAAGCACAAGGAGGUUCAGCCCAAGAAGAAAGCCUGCUGUGGUGGAGACACUCCUCCCUGACCAGCCUCCUACCACCACUGGCCCUGCCUCAGGAGAGGGACUGAGCCACGUCCCCAGGAACAGCUGGAGAUGGCCAGGAGAAUAGGCCUAAGGCUGCUUUAUCCCUCGCCCUCAUGUCCAACAGACUUCUAGGGCACAGUGGCACAGAGGCCCAAGAGAUCUGCAGACUGAUACAACCUCAGGUUUCCACAUCAGUGGCCACAGGGCAUUGGCCACCUAGGAAGAAUGUCCUAGGCAUGGCCAAGGAGGCCUAUAGCAGAGCAAGCCUGACAGCCUUGGCCAAUAUGAUUAAAGCUGCCAUCCUGACA